GCGCGGGGCAGUGACAACCGAGUAACGGAAUGGCGAGCGUCGUGACUGUGGGCGCUGCUUUGCUCGGUCGGACGCUGGGAGGACUGUUCAACUGCAGGCCCUGGCCUGCGAGUUGCAGCAGUGUAUGUGCAGCAAUAAGAAGAUUGUCAUUGGAUAAUACCCCCUCAGCCCCUCCGAAACGGCCCCUCAAUGCUUACCUGCGCUAUGUGGUGGAACAACAACAGAUUUUGUUUAAACAAGGUCCAGAUAUAAAGGUGUCAGAAAAGACUAAGCAGAUUGCUCAGGCAUGGAGACAGUUAACGCCAGAUCAGAAACAACCGUAUGAACUAGCAGCAAGUGAUGCCAAAUUGAAAUAUAAAGUGGAGCUGGCAGCCUUCAAAGCUAACCUCACACCAGCUCAACUGGCCAGCUUGAAAGAAGAGAGGAGACAGAAACUGGCCAAACGGAGAACAAUAAGGAAAAAACGAAAGCUCACCAUUUUGGGGAAGCCUAAACGACCUCGAACAGCCUUCAAUAUUUUCAUGGCCGAAAACUUUGAUGAAGCCAAAGGGGCAACUUCACAGGCAAAGCUGAAAAACCUACAGGAUGAGUGGCAUCGGCAGUCUGAUACACAGAAGCAGAUCUGACGUGGAUAAUCCUCACAAUUCAUAAAAGGAGCAAAAUACUGCAGAUGCUGGAAAUCUGAAAUAAAAGCAGGAAGUGCUGAACAAACUCAGCAGGUGUCGAGGGAGAAACAGAGUUAACGUUUCCACACAGUUGUUUUGCCCUUGGGACUGACAUUUCUUUUCAAUGUCACAAACAAACAGUGACCUCCGAAUUUUAAAAUUAUUGUUCCCAAAUGUAAUCCUAGUAUUAACACAGUGUUUUGUAUUCUCGAAUUGUGAAUGUAACUGGCAAGGUUUCCCAUCAGUCAUUCACCCAGUAUAGUUUGACCAGACUGAGGCAGUCGUUAGAUCAUUUUUACUAAAUAUUUUAACAAAUGAACUCGAAUUCUCGAUUUCCUCUCAUUUUAAGCUUAUACUCCAUACAUUAUUAGUCCCGAACCUCUGGAUAACUAAUGCAGUAACACAAUCAAUACACUACCAAUAUGUGUCGAAAGAGCAGUAAAAUGGUAUUAGAGGAGUUGGCACUCAUUUUAUAGCUUAAUCUUGGCUAAAGAGUGAUGAACCAAAUCGGCUACUCCCUUUUCCCUCCCCCUCAUUUACCGUAUUUCUAUAUUGGGUAACCUAGAUACAGAGCAUACAGGGAAACCAGCCCAGGAGGAUCCCAUGUGGAUAAGAGAUAAUGUUCACUAACUCAAUUGGUCAGAGAAUGGGAAUGGCCUCUGCAGCAGCCCUCCUGGUCACGAGCUGCAAACCUGAAAGAUCCAGAAAUCUCCACAUCUCUCAGGCAGUGCCUCAAGCGUUUUUCAGGGAGGUGGUGGUUACACUCAACAGAACCCCAGAUCAAUAUUCUGGGAAAAGAAUUAGAAUGAUCUUUUAUUGUCACGUGUACUCACUCGCAUGAGUACACUGAAACGUUCACAAGCUGCUAAUUACGGUGCUGUCUUAGGUACAAAUGUACCUAGGCACCGAAUCUUAGUACAAAGCAGGAAAACAAAGAAAGCAAGCCAUGAAUUAAACAUUACAGUCCUUACUAAAGCGUAGAAAAAAACAAAGAAACACAGUUAAUAGUUCAACAUCACAGCCCUGGGGCUCGUAUUCCUCACAAGGCUUGACUUCACCCUCAUUGCCACCUCAGGUUGUCUGCUCCUACUGUCACCAUAGGUCCCUGAGGCUACCUGCUCUCACUCUCACUGCCAGCCACCUUAGGCUGCUGGCCCCCGAUGGGUUUGAAUCUCACAGCGGCGGAUGGUGAAAUUUGAAUCCAAUAAAAAUAUGGAAUUAAAA